GCAGGGGAUGCCUCGUGCUUCUGCAGCUCCCCAAUCUGAUCCUCCCGCUACACAACCCGUAAGAGAUCCGAGCCUAUCGGGGGGUUCGGAGCCCAGUCGCCUGCGCAAGAGGCCGAAGACCACCACGCCAAAGAUGUCUGCAUCUGUCACGGCUCGGGAAGCCAUUGGCCAUGCUCGCAGUAGCCCAGGGGGCGGCCCCAGGAUCCUGCGCCGAAGGAGGCCGCUGGGAGCUCGUAGGGCAAGGAGCGAGCCGGGAAGUCGGAGUCGAGCAAAGGGGCGCGUCCGACCCUGGUGCGUGAUCUUUGCUGCACCCGAGCUUGCUUCAAGGAUGAGCCCUUCCAAGCUCUCUCCAUGGGUGGGCUGCCCAAGGGCGAGGCGUCCAACCCUCUGGUGGCACGGUGGCAGGGUCUCACCCUCUGCAAUCGAGUCUGGACGGAUGGCGCGGCAUCCGCGACUUAUGCCCGAGGUGCUCUCAUUCCAGACAUCGCCAGGCAAUUAUAUGGUUCACCUUCCGAAAUGCUGAUCGAGAAGGCUGCCAAGUCUCUAGUCUGGAACCUGCACUACUUCACGGUACUAAUGGACCACGUUCAGGAUGCUGGUCAGAUAAUCAGCAACCUGGGGGACAGGAAUGCCGAGCUCCGUGGCCAGGUCGAGGAGUUGAAGGCCAGGGCAGGGCCGGAGGCGAUGGCGUCCGCCGAGCAGUGGGCCGUCGACCUGGAGGGCAAGGUUGCAUGGCUAAGGUCGGAGCUUGAGGGCACCGGGCAGCAACAAGCAAGUCUCCGAGAACAGCCGAAGGAGUCCCGUGGUCGGGUCUGCUCGAUGGAGACCGAGCUGUUGGGCUUGCCCCGGACCCUGGAAGAGGUCCGUUUGUGGGCGAUGAAGGCCGAGGAGGCUUUGGCGGAGGAAACCUAAGUGGCUCCUGCAAAGACCAAAAGGCGAUCGAAGAGUACAAGGAGUCCCUCGGGUUUCAGCUCGGGCUGCAACGAUCGGGGCAGGUGUCAUAUGAGUACGGAUACUAUGUCGCGGUGUCACGGUUUCGGGCUCAGUUUCCCAACCUCUACUUCGACGUUGAUCCUUUCUCGUGUCACCCUGAGGAUGAAGACGUCAAGAUGCCUGUGGUGGUUCCUUUUGAUGACUCCGUGGAUUCCCCUGGGGCCUGAGCGACGUCUCCCUUCUUUUUUUUUUUUUUUUGGUGGUCACUCGCAGCUAUUUCAUUUUGUAUUCUGCAACCGACUGGCUGAUGUCAAAGGUCCUUUUUAUCAAUGAAAAUUUUACUUGCUAUUC